AUGGUUGGAAGUGAACAGGCAGCGUCUCCUCGGAAUACAGUGCUUUUUCUCCUGCAGCGAGCUGGACUCAUGCAGCGAGAUCACCAGACUAAUGACAAACUGAACAUUACGUCAUUAGGCUUCCAGUUCCUUCUACAAGACGUUAAUUCACAGCUUUGGGCACUUUUGCUGCACUACCUAAGUAUGGCAGAUGAGCGCAAUAUGGAUCUUGUUGAGGUGCUUGCAUUUUUCUUCACAGUGGGUGGUCUCGAGCUAGGUCGUGCGUAUGAGUCGCGAGGCUUUUCACAGACACAACUCCAGACACUUGAAGAAUUGAGUGAUUAUGGUCUUGUAUAUCGACCAAGCAAAUCUGCAAAGUAUUUCUUUCCUACGAGACUUGCAUCAACACUCACGUCAACGGCAUCGCCUCUCUUAUCUAGACUAAAUGACCAGGAGGAGCAAGGGUAUCUUAUUCUCGAGACGAACUAUCGGGUCUACGCAUACACAGCAAACCUUCUGCGCAUUGCGAUUUUAAAUUUGUUUGUGACGCUAAAGAGCCGCCUGCCUAACCUGGUGAUUGGACAGCUUACCAGACACAGUGUCAAAUCAGCGCUGAACAAAGGCAUUACAGCGGAUCAAAUCAUCACAUACUUGACCCACCACGCUCACCCUCAGAUGUAUAAAAACGUAAGUGUAAAGGUGACUCACUCGGCGUAG